AGUUCUUUGAGCCAUUGGCUAAUUUGCUCAGGAAGAUGGACAGCGAUGUACCGGCUAUGGGAUUCAUAUACGGCGCCUUUUUGGAUGCCAAGCAAGAGAUCAAAACUAAAUUUGAAAAUGAACAAGGAUCUUGUUUUCAGGAAGUGUUGGAUAUUGUGGAUAAAAGAUGGGACAGCAAGUUGAAGGGGCCACUACAUAGGGCCGGAUACUUCUUAAAUCCAUACUACUACUAUGAAAACAAGAAGCAAAUUGAGUUAGAUGGAUCAUUUGAAGCUGGGCUUGUAACUUGCAUGGAAAAAAUGGUUGAAGAUGUUGUCCUUCAAGACAAAAUCAAUGAUGAGCUUGUGGCAUAUCGAAAGGAACAGGGGACAUUUGGAAGAGAAAUUGCCAAAAGGCAGCGGAGAAACAAAAGCUUUGAUCCAGCUCAAUGGUGGUCCAGUCAUGGGUCAGAUUCACCAAAUCUCAGAGUAUUGGCGAUGCGGAUUUUGAGUUUGACAUGCAGCUCCUCCGCUUGUGAGAGGAAUUUUAGUGUUUUUCAGCAGAUUCACACAAAGAAACACAACAGGCUGCUUUAUAAUAAAAUGAGAGACCUUGUUUUUAUCAAGUUCAACUCCAAACUCAAACAAAAGAGAAAGAUGAAAAACAGGGACCCGAUUGUGGACCACACAUUUGUAGAUGUUGUAGAAGAUGAAGAUAAUGAGUGGAUCACAUGUAUUGUGCCUCAUGAACCUGAUGAAGUUGUAGAAGUUGCAGCAUCAACAUCACAAGGAGCAGUUGGUGCAUCAAAAAGAAAGAGAGCGUCCCAAUCUCGCCCUCGGAAGAAGAAAAAACUGCUCCCUGUUUUUCGUGAAGAUGAGUUGGAGUCAGCUAGUUCUUCUUCUGAAUCGGAAGAUGAUGCCAUGCAUUCACCAUCUGGUUCAUCAAAUGAGAGUGAUUCUGAAUAAUUUCCAAGUUGUCGUUGUAUUGUAUUGUUUACUUGUUGGCUUGUUGCCUUGUUGGCUAGUUCAUCUUUAAACUGAUAUGUUGUACUAUUGUCGUCCUAUGGCAGUUGUUGUUGCCCUUCUAGUUUUUUGGACAAGUAAUU